UUAAGCUUGCUUGGUCUGCGGUUGACUAACAACUAACUGGCCGUUUGAUUCCCUGAAGAAUAACAACUUAGGUCCUCAAUGCAUGCUCAUACACACUCAACACCACUGACUAAGCAAAUUUUAAAAUUCAUUCACAAUUUCAUUUGGUUUGUAAACAAAUUUAUUGCUUCUCUUCGCUGCUCUUCCUUUGUAUUAUUUUUUUUUUUUUUUUGUGUUUGUUAUAAUUUAUGUGCAUGUAGUGGUGCUACUACUCAUCGUUGCGUGUGUGCGAGUGUGCGUGUAAACGUCACGCGAUACGUCACCGUCAUGCCGUUAAUGCGAUAAAGACAGAUAAGCUUGUAGCUUCUGGUGAAAUACACGAUAGUUCUUUGAGCGACCCUGUGAGAAAUUUUACGACUCUUGGAAAAUAUAAGAUCCGCAGUAAUUUAAAAUUGUACUUUACAUCGCACAGAUGUUAUUUAUAUCUCAAGAGGGUUUUGAUAGUACCAAUAUUUAAUUUAACACCUCAACAGCAUAUAAUUCAAUUUCGCGAUUUUUUGGACUAUAGGUCAUUACACGGCUCGCAGAUCAUUAUACGGAUCUCUUUUUGUAGAGAUGAUUUUUUAAAGUUUCAUUGACGGAGUAGACCACAAUUUCGAAGAAUCGAUAUUUUUAAGCUGUCACAUUCGAAGAAAAGAACUUGUCGACUUUUUUUACUUUUCCUAGUGAUAUUUCCCACCGGGUUCUAAAUAGACAUACAUACAAUAAUACAUACUUACGAAAUUGACAUUAAAUUUCUCAUUUUUAAAUUCCACAAAUUCCGUCUGUCCGUCUGUUUAUAUGUGAGGCUACUUCAACUAACUAGCCUUUGUGUUAUCAAUCUGAAAUUUUGUACACGUUCGCUACUCAUUUGUCGGAACUGCCGAUGUCGGGCCACUAUAGCAUUUAGCUUCCAUACAAACUGAACGAUCAAGAGAAAGUUCUCUCUUGUAUUGGAUAACAUUUUUAUUCGAAGAGACAUCUUCACGAAAUUUUACAAGGAUUAUUGUUGAAGGCAACCACAUACUCUGCGAACAACUUAUUAAGGUCGGACCACCAUAGCUUUCACGAACUGCAUAGAAAACUUUUUUAUUUGACCAUCUUUAAUGAAAUUUAGCAUGGAUUAUUGUCCAAAUCAACAAUACAAUCUCUAAACAAGCUGGUCAGAUCACACCAUUAUUUAUAGCUGUCAUACGCGUUCCCACGACAGUCGAGUCUACGUAACCGGAACGGAUACGCAUUUUUAUUCGGCCAAGGACUGUCAAAAUUCUACCGCUACAACAACAGCAACACAUUUGCCAUCCAAACUGAUCAAAAUAAUAGUAUUAUAGCUUACUGGUAGUUUGUAGGACUAAAUUUGUUAAAGUUUUCAACAGCGUGACUUCGUGUAACGAUGUGAAAAUGUUUGCUUUUAUGACCAUUAUAUGUGAAACAAUGUAAAAGCGCAUGACAAACACAUUUUGAAAUAAAUUAUUGGGGGGGAAAACUGCUAGAUACGAUUUGUAGAUAACAGCAAACAAUUAAAAGGCAAUUAACAAAAAUUUACUUUUAUUUUCGAUGCGUUCAAACAAAUUCGAGUUCAUACUGCUAAAGUGCGCGCUUGGAAAGCAAACAAACCAUAAUUGGUAGAGAAUAGCGACGGAAACUUCUGAAAUUUUAAAACGGUUAAAAAAAUUGUAAAUUAACAACGUAAAAUCGCAUAUUCACAUUCAGGAUGCAGCAUUUAAAAUGGGUCAAAAUAUGUGUUAUCAUUAUAUUUGCCAGUUUGAUGUUUUUCGGAUUUACAGCGCAUGGCAUAUCAAUACGUAAAGGUCGCUUUUACAAUUCUUAUAUAAUAGCAAUGUAUGCAUUGGCAAUUGCAAGCGCUUUCACAGUGACUUAUGGUCAAAGUAUGCUGAACGAUUGGCAGAACGACGAAUUCGAUUUGGAAAAUGUUACUAGCUUAUACAGUUACAUGAAUAUCACAUCGGUCAUUGUCAACUAUUUGACAGCGUUCAUACUGUCAAGUACAUUUGUGCGCUUUUUUAACACUAUCUCACUUUUUGAGACAUUAAGAUUCUUCGAAGUCAGCGCGCGAACGGUGAUUGUAUCAGUGAGAUUGGUUAUACUUAAAGCCUUACUAAUACCUGCCAUUUAUGAGGCGACAUUUCUGUUACAACAAAUACGUAACGAACCAGAUAAACAUUUAUUGUGGAGUUUAUAUACAGUCCUGCCAUUAGUGCUCGCACAAAUGUAUCCCAAUCUCUUCUUUAGCACAUUGGUUAUUGGCAAAAUUCUUGUGGAAACAUUAAAUGAACGUUUAUGUGAAAUUGUCAAUGAGGUCAACUGCAUGCAAACUCCGCUACAGAUGAGUUUGCACAAGCCAUAUUAUCGGAUGCAGCGUUUUUGUGACUUGGCUGAUCGUAUGGAUAGGCUUGCGCAGAAAUACGACAUUAUUUGUAGACAAACAACAAAGUAUUUGCAAUUGCUUUCGGCGCCGGUAAUUUGUUCUUUGCUUUGUAAUUUGUGCGGCAUCACUGUAGGGUGUUUUAGGCAAUAUUUAGCUGUUGCUGAAACUUUGGUAAACAACGAGCCCUAUGAUGUGUUUCAAGCUUUAAUUAAUGCCGCUUUUCUGGCGAUAUCUGUAAUCGAAGUAAUUUUACUGGCGCAAAUUAGCGAUAAUAACGUAGUAAAGGUGCAAGAAACUGGAUUGAUUCUACAACGCAUCAAUUUGACACAUGCAGAUUUCCGUUUCAAGCAAUCGGUGGAAGCAUUUUCGCUGCUGGUAUUAGUAACAAAAUAUAAAAUUGAACCACUCGGGAUGCUGGAAAUAAAUAUUUCCCUUAUUCAAGAUGUAAGUGCUUAGGUAUGAUUCCUAGAAAUAUUUUCAAUGCUUCACUUUCUUUCUUGUAUAGGUGCUGUCGGCGGUCACAAGUUUUUUGCUCAUAUUUGUGCAAAGUGAUCUCACGCUACGUUUCUCUUUAAAGUAAACUAGUUGAAGUGUAAGAGACUUU